AUGUCUGGAAACUCAAGCGUCGGCAACAGGACCGUCUACGAGGCUGGCGACCAGGUCACCAAGUCCAACGCCGAGAUCGAGCAGGAGAAGAAGGAGAACAGGUUCCACGAGGGCAAGGAGAACUCUCACAAGGCUCUUGACUCAAAGGACGAGCGAUCAAUUGCCAACAAGCUCGAGCGCGAGGAGAAGCGCGAGAAGGAGGGUGAGGAGAAGUCUCUCGAGGACCUGCAGAGGGAGAAGGAUGCUACCCUGCCUGCACGCGCACACGGCAACGAGCCCUCCAAGGGAGCCAAGAUCGACCAGGAACUGAGGGAAGAGGACGAGGCCAUGCUCAAGAAGAAGGGCGCUGCCUAA